CUCGCCCAUUGUAUUUGUAGACCCAGCAUUUUUAGCUCCACUCCGCCCCACCAAAUCAACUUUCACUAAAUUUUCGCUAUAUAUACAAAUAUUUUGGAGGCGAUUGUCCUCAUGAUAUGAUUUGCUCUGAUCUGUAAUCCCAAGCUUUUUUUUUAUAAAGUUUGAAGAGAUGAUUUUGGUGGCGAUUGUAGCGGAGCUAAUGGAGGAGUACACGGUGCUGUUGUGUAGACUAGUCGAGCAUUUGUUUCAUGAAGCUCCUUUCCCAAGGCGCAUUCGUUUCCUUAUCCUCUCCAGUCUUCCUGUUGCUUCUUCCACUGCCCCUCUCCUCCCAGCCCCUGCUUAGUGUUUUUUGUUUUUUCUUCUCUUUUUAAUGACAUGCGGGAUUCAAUUAUUUGUAGAUUCCUACUGUGUAAUAUAAUUUUCAUUAGAAAUUGCAGUGUGAUAGAUCUUUUUUCAUCAAA